GCGGGGGCGCAGUCAGUCAGUCAGCCUGGAGGUCUCUCCUCUGCCUCCCUGUUCCACACAGUCAACAACAUUUCUUUGGGUGUGGGCGUCUGUGCUCCCUUUCCUCUGCUGCCUGACCCCUUCCUUCUUCCAUUUCCAACUUGCUGCCACCCUUUUGCUGGGCAAAGCAUUGGUUCAGAGGGGGUUUGCCAUGGCCUGAGGCUGAGACACAGAGAGAGGGAGUUGCCUCCAAAAGUCACUCAUCAGUGAACUUCAUGGCUUGCUGACAGCUCUCCUGGAUAACCUUUGGGGCUUGGACUCUUUUGAUUUGCAGAUGGACCCUAAGAAGCACUGACUGUUAACUGUGGAAAUUUUAUAGGCUCUGCAGUGGCUGGGAUGUUGCGACAGAACGGUGGCGGCAACAAGCGUGGUUUAGGAUUAACCAAACUGUCUACCUCCAAUUUCUUCACCAUCUCUAAUUCAGGAAGCUGGGGGAUGGGGCGCAGCACCAAAAGCAGCUCACUGAGCAGCAUUAGCUCCAACUCUGACUGCUAUGACAGCACUGUUGUGGACCCAGAGUACAUCAUGCAGUUGGUGAACGAUGUCAGAAAAUUUGCAGAUGUUCUACUUUAUUUAAAAGAAGCCAUUCUUUCUGAAGAAAAUCAAGGAUGUUUGCAUCAUGUUGUUCAUGAACGUUUGGGUGAGCUACUGCGUGUGCUGAAAACAAUAAUAAGCAAACACCAGAGUCUCAAUUCAGUUGAUAUUCUAAGUGCUGCUGGAACAGUCAUUGCAAAAGUGAAAGCUGUGAACUUUAAGGAAGUUAAUGAAGAAAACAAACGAGAAGUCUUAAGUGAGAUAUUCUCUUCUAUUGACACAUUGGCAUUCACCUUUGGCAACAUAGUUUCAGACUUCCUUAUGGGAGAUGUGGACAAUGGUUCAGCACUGGGUCUUCCUGUAUCUCGUCAAAGCCAGUCUUUUGAAAAUCUUUCUGUGGAUUCUGGGGGAUCACUACAUGAAAGGGAAGAUGUUCAAGGUACAGGGCAUCUUAGAGCUGAAGAAAUUGAUAGUGUUCUUCUAAGAAAUGAUAAUGGAAUUGAAUCGGCUCUAUCUUAUGCUAAAGCAUGGUCAAAAUAUGCAAAGGACAUAGUUGCAUGGGUAGAGAAAAAGCUUAACUUGGAAAUGGAGUGUGCUAAAAGUCUGGCCAAAAUUGCAGAAACAACUAAGACUGUUGUUGGACCCCAGGAUUACAUGCCAUUCCAAUCAAUAUUCAUAAAUGCAUUCCAAAAUGAUAUCGAGAACAGUCAGCUUUGGCAACAAACAGCAGCAGCUCUACAGACUAAUAAAUUUGUUCAGCCACUCCUUGGAAGAAAAAGUGAAUUGGAUAAACAAAGGAAGGAGAUCAAGGAGCUUUGGCAACGAGAACAAAAGAAAAUGCAAGAACUGGAAACCACUGUACGAAAAGCAAAACUACUAUAUAUUCAGCGGCAAGAUGAAUAUGAAAAGGCAAAAUCAUCAGCUGUUCGUGCUGAGGAGGAGCAUUUGAGCUACAAUGGGGGCAUUAUUAAAGAUGCCAGUAAACUAGAGAAAAAAAGAAAACUGGAAGAGGAAGCUCUCCAAAAAGCUGAGGAAGCCAAUGAACAUUUCAAAGCCAGCGUGGCAGAAUUUGAAGAAAAGAGAAAUGAUCUAGAAAAUUUCAAAAGUGAUAUCUUAACACAGCUGCGAGAACUUGUUUAUCAGUGUGAUCUCACACUUAAAGCGGCAACAGUUAACCUGUUUCAGAUGCAGCAUGCCCAAGUUGUGUCUCUACCAGUUAACUGUCAGUCCCUCUGUGAGAGUGCCAAGCUGUAUGAUCCAGGACAAAAAUUCUCCGAGUUUGUGAAGAAUUUGCCAAAAGAUGAUGCUCCCAUUGAAUCUGGUUCCUUUGAAACUCAGAGUUCUCAGGCUGGAGGGGUUUUCACUAAACGAUCAAACAAUAUCCAUACAUCACAAGGAAACUUAUCUCAAUGCUCAGGAGAUUUUCCUACUCAAUCCUUAGAAGACAUUACAAGCCCAACCUGUCAGCGCUCUCAAAAGAUUGGAGAAAAACGGUCUUCAAGCAGCACAGAUGUCUCUGCCGUGCGAGGGCCACCGCCAUUCAGAUCCUGGUCAGUUGGUAACCAAAGUGGAGGAAUGUGCAGCGAUUCGGAAAGUGCUGGAGGAAGCAGUGAAUCACGAUCUGUAGAUUCUCCAUCUGCAAGUCCAGGUGACUUUAAAAGAAGGCUUCCCCGAACACCAUCUACUGGUACCAUGUCAUCUGCAGAUGAUCUUGAUGAGAGAGAACCACCGUCACCUUCAGAUUGUGGUUUAAAUGAUUUAGCAUCUGAAAUUGCCAGUUCACCUGGUCCUUUUCGAAACACUCUUCUGUCUAAGGCAGCACAAACACACAAAUUAAGGAAGCUGAGGGCUCCAUCUAAAUGCAGAGAAUGUGAUAGUUUGGUGGUAUUCCAUGGAGCAGAAUGUGAAGAGUGUUCACUUGCUUGUCACAAGAAAUGUUUGGAGACGUUAGCUAUUCAGUGUGGACACAAAAAGCUUCACGGAAGACUUCAUCUCUUUGGAGUAGAAUUUACACAGGCUGCCAAAAAUACCCCUGAUGGCAUCCCAUUCAUCAUAAAAAAGUGUACCUCUGAAAUUGAAAGUAGAGCCCUUAAUGUAAAGGGUAUCUACCGUGUAAAUGGAGCCAAAUCAAGAGUUGAAAAGCUCUGUCAAGCAUUUGAAAAUGGGAAGGACUUGGUGGAAUUAUCUGAACUCUAUGCACACGAUAUAAGUAAUGUCCUUAAAUUAUAUCUUCGCCAGCUCCCCGAACCUUUGAUUUUGUUUCGGCUUUAUAAUGAAUUCAUUGGACUUGCAAAAGAAAGUCAGAGCAUUAAUGAGGAACUGGAUAUGAAGCAAAUGAGCCCCAGAUCAAAAAAAAGGCAGUCAGUGUGUAUUGAACUGAACAGAAUCAUUCUUAAAAUCAAAGAUCUGCUGAAACUUCUGCCUUCACCAAACUAUAACACACUCCAGUUUCUUUUAGGUCAUCUGCACAGAGUUACUGAACACUCUGAUGAAAAUAAAAUGUCUGCUAGCAAUCUUGGCAUUAUAUUUGGCCCAACUCUGAUCAGACCACGCCAAACAGAUGCUGCACUAUCUCUCUCUUCGCUUGUGGACUAUCCAUACCAAGCCCGAGUAGUGGAAAUCCUCAUUACCUACUAUGAGAAGAUAUUUGACAUUUCAGUCCAGCCUCUGUUGGUUGCAUCACAGUCAGACGAAAAUGCAGCUUGUGCUAAAACUAUUUUAUCACCAGAGGAUAGAGAACUAAAUCAACAAAGAAAAACACCACCCUGUGCUGCUGUGAAGGAAAGUGGCCAGUCAGUCCAAAGUGAGAGGAAAGAGUCAGAAAAAGAUGUGUUCCUUGAAGAACCAGAUGGUAGUAAAGGCACCCCAAAAAAUUCUGAUGCAUUAAUGACAGAAUUGAAUUGUGAACUUGGAACUAAACAGAGUCUUGGCAGGAUAAAUUCUCCCCCUGAACCUCCUCCUGUCUUGGUUCUGGGAAAUCACAUUCAUUCAAAAGAACCAGGGAAUACUGUGGAACCAGUUUUAGAUCAAGACAAUGAGCCAUCUCUCUCUCAAACUGAAGAUGGUGUUAAAGUCAAUCAAUUCAUGAGACCUAAUCGCCAAAUAACCAAAGUUCAAUUACGUUCUCAAAGGACAAAGCCAGUUGUUCGUCCUGUGAGUUUACCUCUAGGUCAGAUGCUCCCUCCUUGUGUUUUGAAUGAGAGAAACUCACGAAAUGCAGGUCUAAAUGCAGAAAAACUUGGGCGAAGUCCUGUUAUUGAAGAAGUUUCUGAGGCACAAUCCCUUCCAGCUGUUAAUGUUGCCUCUAGGCUUUCUUGUUAUGACACACAGACUCUGAAAAAAUCGUGGGAUAAGCAGUAUAAACAGUAUGAUAUGACUGCAAGGACAGCAAUGAUUGUAACUAAUAUACCCCAGGAAAACCGUGCACAGGAGUCUGUAAGCACAUGCGCCUUACCUACCCCUAACAGUCUUGCUAACAAUUCAGUAAAUGCCAUACUUCCCAAUAAGCCAUAUACGGUACCUGUCAGGGCUGCAAGGACAUCAACAGAAGGACAUUCCCCAGAUGGUAAUCCCCUUGCUGCUUUCAGAACACCAAGAACUUUGCAACCACCACCAGGAACAUUUUACAAACCACCCUCCAACAGUAAGGCCAAACCAAAUGAUGACAGUUCUUCACUCAAACCUUGUGCAGCAGAUAUCAAAGAUGAGAGUCCAAAGCUAGUGGUGAACCCUGGGCUUGCCCAAGGCUCCCCAGGCUCCCCUAGCCAGCAUAUAAAGCAACUGAAAGCCAAUUCUGAAACCAUUUCCCCUACAGACUUGAAACCCACUUACCAGAGAUUAAGGCCAAAGCGGAUGCAAGAACUGGAACACAGGGAAGCUCACUUUGUAUAGAGCAGCAAAAAAUUUCGGGAACUGCUACAGAAAUGUUCAUGGAGGAUUUUUUUAAAUUAUUUUUUUGGUAGAGGAUUUCACUUUUGUGCCAUAUUGGAAUUAUUUUUAUAUGUAUACCUGUACAGACUUUUUAAAAUACGAGAUGUAAAAAAAAAAAGCUGUGAAGAAUAAUGAAGUUAAUUUUUUUUAAUUCAAUAGAUUUUUUUCCCCUCAAGAGUAUUUAUGUAUUCCAAAUAUAGAAGCAGCUAAUGGCAGGUGCACUAAAAAAUAUUAUAACCUAAUUCCAUGUGUGGAAAUGAACCCUUGCUUGUGAAAGCCAACUUAUCAUGUUUGAGUAAAGCAAUGAGAGGAGCCACUUUUUCAGAAUAAAUGAUUUUUUUAAAGACUGCAGGGUAUGAAAUACAGCUACUUAAUUUAAGAAUAAACCAAAGCUUGAAGCAUUGCUCUAAGUGUCUGUACUCAGUUUUUCCCUGUACUCUGUGCAAUGAAAUGCUUCGGAACUGAUUUGCGUUCUGGUCAGCAAGGCCUUUGUAUAUUAUUUUUGUGUGUCUCUGUGUCCAUAUGUGUUUACACAGUAUGUUUUAUAUACUGGUCUGUUCAUUUUUUGACAAUUUAUUUUGAAAGCUACUUGUACAGAAAAGAUGUAUUAUUGGGCUUUACUAUAAACAAAUUUAAAAAGCGUUUCUUAUUGAUUUAUCAAGUGGUUUAAAUACACAAAAACUGGUUGAUCCUGUUACCCACUAGUGAAAGUGAUGCAUUCAUUCCUACUUAUUAAUGAGUUAGGGUUUUCUGUUUGCUGGAGAUAAUUCCUUUUAUUCCUUGGUGUAGAUGAAGAAAAUAGAUCUGAAGCAUGGAGAAUUAGGUUUUUUUAAAAAAAUACCCGCAAAGCCUUCAUUUAGUAAGUGCAUCAAAUGGUUUUUCACUUUGUAUGAACUUGCUUUUAUAUGUAUGCUGUUUGCUUUAAAAAAUAUAUACAGUAACAUUAACAUUUCACUGACUUCAUGUAUUCUAUAAUGCCCUUCAUCUUAUUCAAAAUAGAAUGCUUAUGUGUUAAUAUAGUAUACCAUGUAUUAAUACACAUGUGUGCUUCCUGAAAAUUAUUUUGUACAGAAGCGUUUGUUUUUGUUGCACAUUAAAAUGAUAUUAACAAUUGA